CCCCCACCCCCGACCAUCCCCAUCCGCGAUUCAAAAUUUGAAUCAAAGCAGGCAGAUGCAGCUGCAUCGAGCGGACGAACCACGGCCUCCCCGUCCACGCGCCUGGAUCCCUAGGUUGCUUCACGAUUCAACGAUGAAUCGCGGUGCAGAGUCAUUCACGGAUCUCCUCUUCAGAUUUUGUUCCCAGCCGACCGCAACAGAGGGCGUCCCAGAUCUGGGAUUGCUAGAGGAGGAGGAGGAGGAGGAGGAGGAGGAGGAGGAGGAGGAGGAGGAGGAGGUCGAGGACGAGGACGAGGAGGGCGAAGAGCGCAUCCAUCCUAAUUUCCAGAAUCAUUCUCCUUCUUCAAGCCAAGAUGGAGAGAAAUCUGAUGCCACAGAUUCAGGAACUCCUGAAGAUCAGGAGGCUAUGCCAUAUUUCUCCAACAUCCCAGAUAUUGACGACGCAGAAGAGACCCAGCCCGAAUCGCAUCCCAUUCCAGUUCCGUGGACUCAAAGGGUCCGACUUGGCAAAAUUCCUGACAGCCGUGCCACAUUAUCGGGAAGGAAAAGUGCUUUGGAAAAGGCCAUGAGAAAUUACGCUGAUAAGAAGUCAGAGUUCGUCGUCAAGCCAGAGAUCGGCCAGGAAUUUGAUUCUUUGGCCGAAGCUUACGACUUCUACAACCUAUACUCGUGGGAGAUUGGUUUUGGCAUCAAGUAUGGGCAAUGCAGAAGAAACAUUGAAAAGUGCAAGACGGUCCAGGACAUAGUUUGCGGAUGCGUGGGGAAACCACGCAGGGAAAAUUCACAUUCAGUAUGCUGCCAAUGUCCUGCGCUUAUGAGGUUGCAUCGCACGUCAGACCAUGGUUGGUUCAUCCAUGAUGUGAAGCAUGAGCAUAAUCACAGUAUGGCACAAACAUGUGGAGAGAAGUUGCACUGGCCAUCUCACAGGCACAUUGAUGCCCAUGCCAAAGACAUUGUCAUGCACCUUAGGAACAACAAUAUAUCAUUAAGCAAGACUUUCGGUGUGAUUGCAAGCUUUCUUAGGGAUAUGGAAAACUUGCCCUUUAACAAGAGAUCUCUGUGUUAUCUCUGCAAGAGGAUGAAUCAGCAGCAGGGCGAUGAUGACAUCAGAAAGACGAUACAACUCUUCUCUGAAUUGAAAGAGAAGGAUCCAAAGUUUGUCGACAGUGUGCUUGUUGAUGAAGGCAGCAAGAUCAGGGCAUUGAUGUGGACAGACGGUAAGAGCCGACACCAGUACAAAAUCUUUGGAGAUGCAAUAACAUUCGACACAACAUAUCGUACAAACCAGUACGACAUGCCGUUUGGUCUUUUUGUUGGUGUCAACAAUCACUUUCAGAGCAUCAUCCUUGGAGGAGUGUUGCUACGCGAUGAAACAACUGAGACUUUUGAGUGGGUGUUCAAGGAAUUUGCAUCUUUGAUGGGAGGGAAGGAUCCAAAAACAAUACUCACGGACCAAGCCCGUGCAAUGGAGAGGGCUAUAUAUUCCCAGUGGCCUGAUACAACUCACAGGUGGUGCAAAUGGCAUGUAUUGCAAAAAGCAAGGGAACAUCUAGGUUCUGUUUAUUCAAAAAACAGUGAUUUCAGAGACGAGUUUCACAAACUUCUCGAGUAUAUGGUCACAGUAGAUGAGUUUGAAACCGCAUGGGCCAGCUUGAUUGAGAAAUAUCAACUUGCAGACCACCCAUGGCUCACUCAAAUAUAUGAAGUUAGAACAAAAUGGGCAAAGCCAUAUUUUGCAGGUGUGUUCUGCGCAAGGAUGACGAGCACACAGCGUUCCGACAGUGCAAACCAUAUGCUCAAGAAUUAUGUGCAGUCGGCAUUGUCCAUGAACAAUUUUGUAAGGCAGUAUCAAAAAUUAUUGUUUGAUAGACAAUCAGAGGAAGAUUUUCAAGCGAAGAAGACUCGUGUGGGUGGCGUUGUCUUCAACCUGGGAGUGCCUCUAGAAUACCAUGCAAGCAAGGUCUACACUGCAGCUAUGUAUGAGCUGUUCCAACACGCAAUUUACUUGUCAGGGUCAUUUGUGUUACAAGAGGCCUGGCAGACAGAACAAGGCGUGGUCUACGUUGUUAACCACAUCUAUGCAGAGAGGAGGCAAGCAUGGUCCAGGACACAAUAUCAUGUUCUGUUUCAUGAGGGGUCCGGAGGAUAUUUAUGUGAGUGUGGUCUUUACUCACAUAUGGGCAUGAUGUGCUGUCAUGCUAUUCGGGUGCUGCUACAUCUCGGAGUUAGGGACAUCCCAGAAGUACACAUCAUGAAGAGAUGGACGAAGAACGCCUGCGAGAACCUGCCAGUGCAUCUGAUGAUAUAUAAAGCAUGCAAUUCUGCACUGAAGGACGCAACUUAUCGGCACUCUUCCUUGUACAGUAAGGCGCUCGAGAUUGUCCAAAUGGGGGACAAGAACACUGAAGCUUAUGGAGCUGCAAUGAAGCAGUUGCUGGACGCAAUAAGUGUUCUAAAUGAUAUCAACCAGGAGAGCGAUGGACGAGGGUUAAAUGAUCAAGCCACUGCUCAAGCACAUGACCAAGAUGUCCCUGUGACACCAGGAGCAAAUGGUCUGUCAGGUUCAAUGAAUGUUGUAUCACGCAAGAGGGAUCUAGGCAGGCCAACAAACGCAAGAGCAAAGCCAGGUUAUGAAAAUGUUAGCAAGCCAAGAACAAAGUUUUGCUCAAUCUGUAGAGGGAGGGGUCACAAAGCAUCGGGAUGCCCCUCAUUUGGAGGGGUAGCAAAGAAAAAAAGGAAAGUUCCAAAGUGUACAAAGUGCGGCCUGGAAGGCCACAAGAGGAAUAACUGCUCAGGAAGAAUGUUCGGCGUCUUCCAAUGAUUUGAUUGCACUUGCAACUGGUUUACUUUUACUCUUGCCUCGUGCAUUUUUUUGUGCAAAUAACCUCAUUUGCUGUUAAGGAAGAUGAAAAAUGAUGUUGUGGUGAACAUUUAGGUUUAUUCGGCCGUGUAGUGAUCUUUCAGUUUCAAGACAUUAAAACUUGGCACUUCUUCAGAUGAUGUGCAAGUAAGAAGAUAACAUUUGUACUGAUGCGAGAAAGGACAAG